AUUCAUUGGCGUGAAGACCCUACUAAACCCCGCCAAUUUGCUCGCCGACUCGCCCAAAAGGGUCUAGACCCGCAGUCUAAAGCAUGGUGGGUGAGAGACUUUGAGCAAGUUGUGGCGGCCGAGCACCUUCCUUCUCGGAUCUGCUCACACUUGAUGUUUCUAUUUUCUACUAUACAAAGAUACGCAGCAGGUUGGCAGAGCAUUCGAUAG